UUUUCAUCUGUUAUUUCUGACAUAGAAAAGUGUAGAGAGGAGGGGGAGGUAACAGAAAAGAUGCUCCAUGGCAGCAGACGUGCUGCUGCAUUCUUACCUGGGCAUCAGACUCCAGCCAAAGAGCAGCUAACUUGGGAAUGAACUAAAAUGAGGCCAUCGUUAACUCUUUGCACUAUCUGGGCAGGGCAGCAUGGGCGGCACAAAUUGUACUUUGCAUCUGGAGUGGGGGGUGGGCAAGAAAGAUGCGGUGCGGGGAGGCAGCUGCCCAGAUCAGAAACAUCGUGCAGCAUCUCUGCAUGAGAAGAAAGGUGCAUUUGGCUGGGCAAGUUCCUAGGGGGAAACUGCCCGGGGCCGCGGGAGUCAAGCGAGCUCGGAGCUGCGCCCGCGCGGCCCGCGGAGGCGCGGAGGCGGAGGCGGGGCCGGGGCGUCCGCAGAACCGCGCGCUCCAGCUCUGCCGCUGCCCGCGCACCCGGGUGUGCGAGGUCGCGGAGGACCUGGUUCAGCUUGAGUGGGAUACGCAGCCCCGAGAACCUUCCACGUCCUGAGGACCGCGGUGCGGCCAUGGGCUACCAGGGAGAGCGGCCCGCCGUCCCGCCGCAGAGCAAUCUAGAUGACAGAGAAACGCUCGUUUCUGAACAUAAGCACAAAGGGAAAACUUGUCGUCAGUCAGCUGCUGUUUUUAAUGUUGUCAACUCAAUUAUAGGAUCAGGUAUAAUAGGAUUGCCUUAUUCAAUGAAGCAAGCUGGCUUUCCUCUGGGAAUAUUGCUUUUAUUCUGGGUUUCGUAUGUUACAGACUUUUCCCUGGUUUUAUUGGUAAAAGGAGGGACCCUCUCUGGAACAGACACUUACCAGUCUUUGGUCAAUAAAACCUUCGGCUUUCCAGGAUAUCUCGUCCUCUCUGUUCUACAGUUUUUGUAUCCUUUUAUAGCUAUGAUAAGUUACAACAUAAUAACUGGCGAUACUUUAAGCAAAGUUUUCCAAAGAAUACCAGGAGUUGAUCCUGAGAACGUGUUCAUCGGUCGCCACCUGAUUAUCGUGCUUUCCACGGUCGCUUUUACUUUGCCUCUGUCCUUGUACCGAGACGUAGCGAAGCUCGGAAAGAUCUCUCUUAUUUCUACAGUUUUAACAACUCUGAUUCUUGGAAUUGUGAUGGCAAGGGUAGUGUCACUGGGUCCAUACGUACCAAAAACAGAAGAUGCCUGGGUAUUCGCAAAGCCCAAUGCCAUCCAGGCCGUCGGUGUUAUGUCGUUUGCGUUUAUUUGCCACCAUAACUGUUUCUUAGUUUAUGGUUCUUUGGAAGAACCCACAGUAGCUAAGUGGUCCCGCAUCAUCCAUGUGUCCACCUUGAUUUCUGUAUUCAUCAGUAUUCUCUUUGCUACGUGUGGAUACUUGACAUUUACUGGCUUCACCCAAGGAGACUUAUUCGAAAAUUAUUGCAGAAAUGAUGACCUAGUAACAUUUGGAAGGUUUUGCUAUGGAGUCACUGUCAUUUUGACGUACCCAAUGGAGUGCUUUGUGACGAGAGAGGUAAUUGCUAAUGUGUUUUUUGGUGGGACUCUUUCAUCAGUUGUCCAUAUUGUUGUAACAGUGGUUAUCAUUACUGUUGCCACACUUGUGUCAUUGCUGAUUGAUUGCCUUGGAAUAGUUUUAGAACUCAACGGUGCGCUCUGUGCAGCUCCUUUAAUUUUUAUCAUUCCAUCGGCAUGUUAUCUGAAGCUGUCUGAAGAACCAAGGACACACUCGGAUAAGAUUAUGUCUUGCGUCAUGCUCCCCAUCGGUGCGGUGGUGAUGGUGGUUGGAUUCGUCAUGGCCGUCAGAAAUCCUCAAGACUGCACCCACGGGCAGGAAAUGUUCUACUGCUUUCCUGACAAUUUCUCCUUCACAAACAUCUCAGUGACUCAUUUUCAACUGACAACACAACUUUCAGUUUUAAACGUCACUAUCUUUCAGUGAGUUGACUGCUUUAAAAAAUACGUAUGUUUUCAUGGACUU